UGCUCCCCGGGAUCCAUCUAACUCAGUUUCGUCUCCCUCGCCGCACUCUAUUCCAGUCCACGAACCCUCGCGCUCCUCGGCAUUCCGCCGAACACCUCUCGGGCUUUCGUCCCACCACCGCCUCGAUGCCGCCGGCUAACCCCACGCCGACCAAAUGGCCGAAGAACCUCACCUCAGACCACCUCCACCGCCUGAUCCGCGCCGAGCGCGACCCGCGCCGCGCCCUUGCGCUCUUCGACGCUGCCACCGGCGCCGCGUCCACUCCUGCGCCCGACCCCAUCACCCCGUCUCCGGACACCGUGUCUCUGCUCACCUCCCGCCUCGCCUCCGCCGGCCACCUCCCCCUGGCCGCCUCCCUCCUCUCGCGCUCGCGUGGGUUCUUCCCCUCCGCCGCCGCGCUUGAGGGCCCAUUCCUCACCCUCCUCCGCGCCUUCUCCCGCACGCACCGCCCGCUCGCCGCUCUCCACCUCUUCCGCUCCGCCCCCUCCGACCUCGCGCUCCCCCACUCCGCUCGCUCCUACACCGCCGUCCUCGCCGCUCUCGUCGCGCACUCGCAGCUCCAUCUGGCCCGCUCCCUCCUCGCUGACAUGCGCGCCGCCGGAUUCGCCCCCACCGCCGCCACCUACAACGUCCUUCUCAAGGCCCACUGCUCUGACGCCAGCACCCCCAUCGAAGACGCUCUCCGAAUUUUCCGGAACAUCCGCAAACCCGACGCCUGCUCCUACAAUACCAUCAUCGAUGGGCUCUGCCGCCGUGGCCGCCUGGCCGAGGCCCUCGAGCUGUUUUCCGAGAUGGUAGGGAAAUGCAUUGCACCUACUGUUGUUACUUACACCACUGUUAUCCACUGGCUCGCACGGGAGGGUUGCUUUGAUGAUGCUUUAAAAAUAUUCGAUGAAAUGGGGAGGAGAGGGAUCUCACCUAAUUUGGUCACUUAUAGUUCGCUGAUUGACGGUUUGUGUAAGGGUGGACGUGCAUCAUCAGCAUUGGAAUUGCUGGAUUGGAUGAUCAAGGAGAAGAAGCUGCCAAAUAUGAUCACAUAUAGCUCGGUGAUUGACGGGCUCUGCAAGGAACACAGGUUGAGUGAUGCAAUGGAGGUCUUGGACCGGAUGCGUCUACAGGGGCGGAAGCCUGAUGCUGGAUUGUUUGGGAAGCUAAUUGUUGGGCUAUGUGAUGCAGGGAGGGCUGUGGAGGCUGCAAAUUACCUGGAUGAGAUGGUUCUUGCUGGUAUUGAACCCAACCGGGUGACUUGGGGCCUGCAUGCCAAGAUAAACAAUACUGUGCUGACAGUGUUGUGCACUAAGGGUGAACUAGUCAGGGCUUUUCAGGUCUACCAGAGCGCAAGAACUCGGAGCAUUUCUACCGAGCCAACCACUUUCCAUCUUCUUGUUGAGAGCUUAUCCAAAAAUAACAAUUUAGAGAAAGCUGCUCAUGUUGUGCUUGACAUGCUGUCAGAGAGAUGCAUUCCUGAGAGGGAGACAUGGGAUGUUGUUAUCAGUGGGUACUGGGGUAAGAAGAAGGUGAGACAAGAAGCCGAGGAGAUAUGGAGCCAGCUAACUGUUAGUUGAUUUGAGAAAUAUGGCACUAUGCUAUGUUAUUACUUAAUGUUGCUAGCAUAAAGUAUGCAUCUUGGCCAGCUUACUCUUCAGGUGGCAUUCGAUUGAUAUUCAGCAGAAUAAAAGUCUAUUUUUAGUUUGCCAGUUUCUGCUGGUCAACUGAAUGGUUUCAUGCGUUUGUACUGUGGUCUUUGGUUACUGUUGAUACUAGAAAAAGGAUAAUAUAUACCAGGCAUAGAUCACAUAUGCAAAUUCAACC